UAACCAUAGGUACGUGUAGUUACGUAGUGCCAAUGUAUAGAUGCUGUGUGGGUAGAGCAAGACGUGGAUCGUGUGGCUAGCUCCAACAGUUGAAGAAGAGUCUGAAUUUUAGUAGAGAAUUGUUAUGACAUACACCUAUGAGUAGAAUAACGGUCAGAAAUAGUUUUGGACGAGCAAAGGCUCGGCAGUAAGGAUCGAAAGGAUAAUCGCCUCAGACAGAAGUUAGGAAUUUACCGCGAUCCUCAUUCUCGGAUUUGGAACUCCAACGCAAACCGUACCAAGCGCAAGUUAAUCGGGAGUCAACUCUAAGGGAAUAAUAAUAAUCUUCAAUAUAAGUUAAAACUAGAACAGUUUCAUGGAAUAUUUAAGAAUGAUGAUCUUUAAAGACGUGUAGCAGAAAAUUCAAUGUACAUUUGCGAGUAAUUGGAGGUGUUCCAUGAGUAAGACUGUUGUUAAAAACAGAGAAAAACACAGCUUUAUGAUGGCUUCUUGGAGGACUUGUGCAACUCUUGCAGCGUUCACAUUAGUGGUAGUGUGUUUCUGGUGCGUGAUAGCUGAGGAGGUUUUCACCCAUCACUUUGCCCUGAUCGUACGGGGAGGACAAACCAAAGCAGACCGUCUUGCAGAAAAAUAUGGCUAUAUAAAUCAUGGACAGAUUGGAGCAUUAGAAGACCAUUACUUGUUCAGUCAUAAGAAUGUUUUCAAACGAUCAGCUGAGGCCAGCACUGGAGACCAUAUAGAUAUAGCCGAUGAACCAGAGGUGGAAUGGUUUGAGCAACAAGUAUCAAGAAAAAGAGUGAAGCGAGACAUGACCCGAUUCUCCGAUCCUCUGUGGCCUAACCAGUGGUACCUGGAUGGAAAUUUCAGUGGAGAUUCUAAACCAAUAGCAAGCAUGAACAUUCAGCAAGCCUGGGAUAAGGGAUAUACUGGUGCCGGAAUCGUCAUCACAAUCAUGGACGAUGGAUUGGAAUAUACUCAUACAGAUAUCAGGAAUAGUUAUGAUGCUGCUGCCAGCUAUGAUUUUGUUUCACGUGAUGCAGAUGCCAUGCCCAGGUAUAUGAGAGCUCCAAAUCCUGAAGAAAAUAUGCAUGGAACCCGAUGUGCUGGUGAGAUAGUGAUGCAGCCAAAUAAUAGUAAAUGUGGUGUCGGCAUUGCAUAUAAUGCACAGAUUGGAGGAAUCCGAAUGCUUGAUGGUCUAGUGACAGACGAGAUGGAGGCAUCAUCGUUAUCUUUCAACUAUCAGCAUGUUGAUAUAUACAGUGCUUCCUGGGGUCCAGAUGAUGAAGGUUUCACUGUCGAAGGACCAAACUCUCUUGCGAAGAAGGCUCUGGAAAAAGGAGUGAAACUUGGAAGGGAUGGUAAGGGGUCUAUAUUUGUGUGGGCUUCUGGGAACGGUGGGAUGCACCUUGAUGACUGCAAUGCAGAUGGCUAUGCCAACAGCAUCUACACACUGGUAGUAAGUAGCACCACUGAGAACCAAGACAAACCAUUCUACAGUGAACAUUGUGCAGCAAGCUUGGCAUCAACGUUUAGCAGUGGAAACAAACAACAAAAGAUGGUGGUGACAACUGAUUUACAUGAUGAGUGUAUUGGAAACUUUACUGGGACAUCAGCAUCAGCACCUAUUGCUGCAGGCAUUGUCUCUUUAGUCCUUGAAGCCAAUGGUAAUUUAACAUGGCGUGAUGUCCAGUACUUGGUUGUAGUCACAUCAAAGCGCCACCAGUUGACAGGAGAUUGGAUGACAAAUGGAGCAGGUUAUGAAGUGAGUCAUUGGUUUGGCUUUGGAUUGAUGGAUGCAGCAGCCAUGGUGGAGAAGGCUAAAACAUGGGAGAAUCUACCAGAACAGCUCACAUACUCCAAGUUUGCAGACAAUGUCAAUCAAGGACCAAGGAAUAGAAGGUUUUUCAACAGGGGUCCAAGGUACUUCACCUCCAGCUUUGAAGUCCAAGAUUGCAAGGAUCCGUUCGCCGGUAAACCCAUCCGUUAUUUGGAGCAUGUCCAAGUGACUCUGUCAUUAAAGGCCUCUGUACGUGGGAAAGUCAAGGUGGAGCUAACCUCCCCCUCUGGUACCACCAGCACUCUACUCAGCAACCGCACUAAUGACGUCGCUGGCAAAGGCUUCAGGCUCUGGACCCUCAUGACUGUUCACUUCUGGGGAGAAGACCCCAACGGAGCAUGGCUCAUUAAAAUUGGAAAUGGCGAAUACAACAGAUUAAUGGUUUCAACAGUGAGGCUCACUCUGCGAGGAACAUCAAGCCUACCUGCUUCUCUGCUCCCUUCCCAUACAACGGACACCUUGGAACAUGUAGAAACAGAGCAAGAAGAACGAGAACACCAAGGAGCUGAGCUGCCUCUGGACCCGCAACGCCCUUCUGGCCGCCGUCCACAGAUAUCUCCUUUGAGGGUAGUCUCAGAAACCCUUCAACGAGAUGUCCGUGCAGCAAGUUCUUCUUAUUCCUGGGACUCCAGCUGGUGGUGGAGUAGUUCCGACUGGGAAUCCUACCAACAGUGUCACGAGGAAUGCCUCUAUGGCUGCUCUGGUCCCAAUGCUGAUGAGUGCUACAAAUGCAGGCAUUACAAAGACAGAGAAACCUUGGAUUGUGUUGCAACUUGUCCUGAUGGCCAGUUCACCCCUCCAGAGCUCCACAUCCGAUGUGGAAGAUGCAGUGAACACUGCAAGACUUGCAGUGGAAAUACCAAACAUGAUUGCUUAUCUUGCCCCCCUGGUCUCUUCCUCAGUGAUGACAAUUCUUGCGUCAGAGAAUGUCCACACGGAUACUACAAAGAUUCCUUCUUUCAGAUGUGUCGUCAGUGCUCUCCCCUCUGCCGGUCAUGUGAAGCGAACGAGAACAGUUGCACGUCCUGCAUCGAUGGAGCAGUUCUACGUGGCUCACAAUGUAUCACACGAUGCAUGGAUAGCGAGUACAUGGUGAAUGAGCGUUGCCUCCCCUGUCAUUCAUCAUGUUUCUCCUGUAAUGGUGGUACAGAAACAGACUGUACAUCCUGCUUUGAUGAUUAUGUCCACAUGGAUAUGAGAUGUGUAGAGCCUCAACAGUGUGGGGUUGGAUACUACAUUGUCAACAGCUAUGAUGCUGCAUCCAGGCAGUGCUUGAGAUGUCAUUCAACAUGUAAAGAUUGCCAGGGUCCAUCAUUUACAGACUGUGUGGAUUGCCAUCAGGGAUUCUUCUUGGUCGGAGGAGCUUGCCUGCAAACAUGUGAAAAUGGCAAAUAUCUGGCCCCGGAUAAUAACUGUAAGUCAUGUAGCGAAGGAUGUGUUCUGUGCUCAGACGAUAGGACUUGUAUACAGUGUGCUAAAUCAAAGGUCCUUCAUCAACAAGACGGUAGCAUCAUUUGCAGAGAGGGGUGUGAAGAGGGGACAUACUCGAUGGAAGGAGAAUGUUUUUCGUGUCAUUCUUCUUGUGAGACUUGUAAUGGAGGUGGAAUCAUGGAUUGCACUCGCUGUAAACAACUUGGAGGGGAAACAUAUUAUUUACUUGAAGGGGCAUGUGUUCACUACUGUCCAGCUGGUUAUUUCAAGUAUGAUCGUGAUAGCUCCCUCAUCCAUACAUGUGAGCUUUGUGAUGAUAGUUGCAAGACAUGCACUGGAUCGGGUAUAGAUGAAUGCAUAGACUGUGAAGAUGGAUUGGAGAAGCAAGGCGCCCGCUGCCUUGAGCCGUCAAGUUUUACUUGCGACGUAGAAAAUUGUGAUGAAUGUUUAAAUGGAAACAAUGUGUGCCAACUGUGUAUAACUGGUUUCUAUCUUGAUGGCGGUACUUGUGAGGGAGGCUGUCCAGACGGCAAGGUUCCCAUCUCAAACACCAGACAAUGUGAGCUCUGCCAUCCUACCUGCAGGACUUGCGCGGUAUCACCAGACCAGUGCACAUCUUGCAACACUGGAUACUUCCUGGAUGAUUUAGACAGCCUUUGCCUGACACAAUGCCCUGAGGAUACCUACGUGAAUCAGGACAAUGAAUGCAUACUGUGCGAUGAUAAGUGUGCAUCCUGUGUUGGUCCGGGACCUACACAAUGUACCAUAUGCUAUGAAAUGGAUGAAUUCCUUUCAGGGACUUCUUGCGUGAGAGAUUGUCCAGUAGGGCAGUACGGAGAUGAGUAUACUGGAACCUGUCGUAGAUGUCACCCUUCUUGUGUUACCUGUGCAGGCCCUGGUGAUCAUGAGUGUAAUUCUUGUCGGGAAAACUUUCAACUAGAGCUGGGAUUCUGCCAAUCUAGCUGCUCAGACAAGUUUUAUAAAGGUAGCAACGGAGAUUGUCAUGCUUGUCAUGAAACCUGUCAGACAUGUACUGGGAGUGGUAAUAGUGAUUGCCUCUCCUGUGAUUACUACAAGUUUCUUUCUCCUGCCCAUGCUUGUGUGACGGAUUGCCCCAGUGAAUAUUACCCAGAUUAUGAGAGCAAUGUUUGUAGAAAGUGUGAUUCCUCCUGUCUGACCUGCCUUGAUUCGGGGCCGGGGGACUGCAUCGAGUGCUCACUUGACACCUAUAUGCUUCUUCGAGAUGGGCAGCUCUGUGUUAAGGUUUGUCCAGAGGGGUAUUAUGAGAGCACAGAGCUAGGUUUCCGUGACUGUCGUCAGUGUUCCGUAGAGUGCCGGGAUUGUCACGGUAGCUACCUCAACUGUGUCAGUUGUUUUGAUGGAACUUACCUAUUCCAAGGCAGAUGUUUUAGUACCUGCCCUAGUGGAUACACGGAGGAUGAUGAAAGCAAUCAUUGUAUACAGCAUGCAAACAUUUGCCCUCUCUAUUGUGAAACAUGUGAUGACUGGGGAGACUGCACUGUCUGUCAAGAUGAGUAUAUUGUGUACUUUGGGGAGUGUGUUAAAGAAUCGGACAUGGCCUGCCCUAUAAACCAAUUCAUUGUAAGCUUCAACGCUGAAGGGACAGCAACAUGUGCACCAUGUGACCCUACCUGUGGUACCUGUUUGGGGCCGGAGCCCACUGACUGCGUUACAUGUGUUAGUGAAGACUAUCACUUUCAGGGAAGCCGCUGUGUGCAGGACUGUGAGCCCGGCAAAUACAAAGACGAUAUCUUGAAAGAGUGUUACGAUUGUCAUCCAACCUGUCAGACCUGUGAUGCUGGUUCCUCAUUGGAUUGUACAUCCUGCAUUGACGGCAUGGAGCUAUCACAGACUAACAGCCAUGGAAUGUGUCAAUUUGGCUGUCCACAAGGAACCUACCUAUCCGACAAUGUCUGCACCCCUUGUGAGGAUCGCAAUUGUUUUACCUGCUUCAUGCAUGAAGAACAGGGUACCACCCAAAAUAAAUGCCUUACUUGUGACCUUGGAUAUUUUCUGACAGGAACUGGAAAUUGUGUGAAAAACUGCCCUGAACAUACCUAUGAGUAUAUUCUUGAAGAUGCAAUAGAAGGCAAUGAAUGUCGUUCAUGUCACGAGAGCUGUGUUAGCUGUAAUGGACCGGGGCCAAACUCCUGUACCAGCUGUUUUGAUGAAAUGGUCCUUGCCAGAGGAGAGUGCAUGUGGGACUGUCAAGAAGGAUAUUAUCCAGAUGAGCAGAACCAAUGUCAGAGGUGUCACGAGACCUGUCAGACGUGUCUUGGAGGAGAGUACACAGACUGCAUGUCUUGUCGUAUUGACAAGGUCCUCCUAGACAACACCUGUGUGAAUGAGUGCGGUGAUGGUUACUUCUUAAUGACGGAAGACAUCCCACUUUGUCAGGAAUGUGAUGAGUUGUGCUUGAAUUGUACUGAUUAUGGGCCAUUUGACUGCGCUGCAUGUCAUCCUAAUUAUGAAUUGGAUAAUGGAGUCUGUUACAAUAGAUGCGGCAGUGGAAGAUACUAUAACAAAGAAUCAGAGACUUGUGGUGUUUGCGAUGAAAAAUGCGGGGAAUGCUUUGGACCUUCACCAGACCAGUGCAUCUCUUGCAAGGGGCAGUUACGUCUAGAGAAAAUUGGUCGUAAUAAAUCACAGUGUAUUCCAUGCUGUUCAGCUGCUGAGGAAGGGGAAGAGUGCUGCAAGAAAUGCACUGGGGACUCACACAAGUGCCCCAAUUCCUACGUUGAAAAGCCAACAGUCGUCGCAGGUGUGAAGGUGCAACACAUCGGCACCAUCGUCUUCUCCGUCAUGUUGGUGAUCGUCCUGUUCUUCCUGGUGUUCGGUCUCCUACAGGCUCGGUCACACGGCAAGCUCUGCUGGAGACAUAAGUAUGCCAAGGUACCCUCCAUGAACUUCAGCAACAAGGAUAAGUAUGUUACGCUUGGUAAACCUGAUGAUGACUACUAUGAGGAUGAAGAAGACAUAUAUGGAGAUGUGAGUGAAGAUGAUGAUGACCUAGAGGAACCAGAUACUUUUCAGACCGUUGGAGUUGGAUAUCGAGGUCAGGAUAGGAAUGGUGUGAUAGACCAUCUCUAAAUGCUUUGGAUGUACUUUGUGCCUCAUGGAACUUAAGAGCUGAAUUUAGUCUUAUGAAAUAAACAUUCCAACUGCUUCGUUGAAAUAUUACCCCUAAUUGGUAGAUCUGCUCCAUGGUACAAAAGCUGUUCCUGUGAUGUCUUUGAUGGUGACACCUUCGAACACUCAGCAGGACAUCAACUAGAAAGUGAUUCACAGGAUUAUUUCCUCUCUAUAUCUAUAUUAAUGGAUAGCAGUUCUUAACCUGUUCUUACAAGUCUUCCGACAACUGUUCAUCCAUUGACCUACAUUCUGUAAUUCUUGCAGGAUCUGUACAGGCAUCACCCUGUUCUAGUAGGCAACAGGUUGAAGAAUUUGACAAAUUGAUAAAGAUUUGCCACUGACUAGUGAAUCGGUCAUCUCUGCUGUGUCUUAAAGUCCCUGGUAGUGUGUCAGAAGUUAUCAAUAACCUCUGCUGAAAUUUGUGUUGCCUCUUGCAGUAUUUAUACCAUGCAUCUCUUACUCUAAGGGUCUUUGCUUUGGGGCUGUUGGAAAUGUUUAUUUUGAUACACAGACGUUCAGUCGAUAAAGGUGCCUUAUGUUGUAUAGAACAGCAAGAUUUUUAUGUAAGAUAUUAGUUUUAAUUGUUAUAUUUAUCUGUAUCUCUUGUUCAAGUAUAUGUGAUUAAUCAUCGUGCAGUAUAGGCAGGUUUCAUAUAAAUGUACUUCUUUGCCUUGUUGGUUAAUAUUUUUCACAUCCCAAGCUAUGUCAUCACAUCUUUAGUGUGUCAGUUGGAGAACUGGAGAAAUGAAUAUUCUAUAACAGGGGAUGUUUUAAAAAAAGAGUUCAGUCUGAGUGAAUGUCAUACUCAAGUGUUAACACAUACAUGAUAUGUAACACAUAAUCACAUAGAUUGAUGCCAAGGAAACCUUGUCCUGUCAGCACAACCUGACUUAUGUUCUGAUGUAUUAGUUAGGGCAUGCAUUAAGGCAUUUGAUCAGUUGCGAGUUUUAGUCAGUCUUAUAUCUUUAAGUAAAAUAUCCCCAGAUCAAAAUAUGAUAACAUUGUAUAGUAUUAUUGUAGGAUGGAUUAAUUCAACCCUAGGGUAACUAUGUCCUCUGUUUUUAUGAAUUGCCUGCUGUCAACCCUCUCUCUUGUAAAAAUAUACAUGGUAGGUAAUUGUAAAAUCAUCUCAUCAUUCCCUGUAAAGAAGAGUGUUGUAAAUGAGUUUGUUGGUUGGAGUUGAACAUGAAAAUAUAUACGCUUCUUGAAUCAGCACUUAUUCAUGAGACUCAAUGUCUUGUGAAAUUUAUGUCUUUGUUUGUAUUCUACAUAGUUUUGGGACUUCAACAUUUUCAUGAGUUGUAUCACGUAUACUAGUAUUGAUCAAUGGAAGAAAAGAGCAAAAUCAAGGAUAGAAAGCCGAGGUGGAAUAAGAGGUUAAAUGUGCAUUUGGUGUCAAAGAUUUAUACCACACAUUUAGUUGGAGUGCAUAGAGACAUUUAUUUAGAAUAAGUUAAAGAAUUGAAUGUAAGGUGUAUGAAAUCAUGCAUCACCCGGUCAUGUGUUGCCAAUGUCAGCUUGGUCCUUAUCAUUUCUGAUGACUUUUCCUUGGAUACUUGAAAUAAAUAGGAGAAGAAGAAAAAAGAAUGGCUUAAAGAUUUGAAUGAGUACUUUAAUGAUGUUUAAAAGUUGAAAGAUCUGUAGUAUGUCAGUAUUAGUAAUGGUUGUAUUCAUAUUUUAUGAAGGUUCAUUAAAUGUAUAUUUUGUAUUCUAACUCUAUAUUGACAAGUUCUGAGAUGUGGGUUUAUGAAGAAUCCCAUUUUUCUCUCACGUGAUUUUUCUUUUCUUUUUGUAAUUUGAUAUUGAUUUCUUUGUGCUUUGUAUUGAGAGUGAAUUAUAGAUGCAUAAGUUUGGAUUAAUAAUUAACAGUACUUGGGUGUUUCCCUUUCUAUUUCUAUUACAUGUUAUUGCGUUUUGAUUUAGAAUCAUGCUUAGGGAAAUAACUACUUACUAAAUAAUCAAUGUGUUGCAAUAUGAAGCUUCAUGAAUCAUGUAUAACUCAAUAUCAUUUACUCUACAGUACAUCUAGCUAAUUAACUAUUUGCCUCAAUAUAUGUUGUAACACUGCUAAAAAUUGUAGCAAUAUGCGGCUAUAAAGUUAAGUAAAUGCAUCAUUUAAAAUUCAUGUAGAAUAUUCGUCAGGGCACUAUUAAACCAAGGCUUACUACCAUUACAAAUAUGAAAUGAAAAAAUUCUGAUGUGGUGGUUUAUUGAUUGACUAGUGCUAUUUAGCGAUUAAUUGCAAAUCUUAGAAUAAUGAGGCAAUGAUUAUAUUUUAGUUUGUCCAUGAGAAAUCUAUAGAAUGGUAGAGAUAAUGUAUUCAUGAAGACUUUAGGCUAAUCUGUUCCAACAAGGAUUUACUUUUAAAUUUUAGGCUUCCUUCUCAUCUUUCCACUGAAAUUAUCAUUGUGCCACCUGUUCAAGUACUUCCUUUGUAUUCAGAUCGUAGAAGUAUUCAUUUUUUUUUAUUCAUUCCAUCCUAAUUUAUAGUCAUUAAUGUUUUAAGGGUUCAUUAUUUUGCGUGAUUGAUGCUUGGGU